AUGGAUGAUCCAAUUGAAAGUGAACGUAGUACUGAUAUUGAUGAAAUGGAUAUAUCUGAGGAUAAUCUUCAAAAACCGAAUAUAUUCAAUAAAUACUUACCGUUUUAUGAUUCAGUAAAACGGCAAGGUUAUGAUUCAUUGGAUGAGAUUCGUGAAAAUUUAUCACGCAUUAUUCAAUUACGUGAAUUAAGACCAGGCUUUUCACAUUGGUCAUCGAAAUUACAACGUUUUAUGUCACAUUAUGGUCUCUAUUUCACAAAAAUUGAUCAUAUUAAAAUAAUUAAUUUAUACGUCGCAGUACUUACAAUAGAAGAUUUAGAUUUUUCACAUGUUAAAACAUGCUUUGAUAUGCUAUAUGAUCUUACUAGGAAAACACGUUUAAUCACACGAGAUGAUUUAGUUGUUGAUUGGCGUCUAUUACAUAAAUGGGCUAAAGUAAUUCUUCACAAUCAUGAUGAAUCAUAUUCCCUUGUUUCAGUACCAAAUGAUAUUGAAAGUUCUCUAUUCUAUUGUAUCCGUGGUUGUCGUCCAUAUUUUGCAGAAUCAGCUACACAAGAAAUUCUCGAUGAAUUUCGACCCUAUUUAUGUCCGUUUGAUUCAGCAUUUUCGGAUACAAUGCGAAUUUUUGAAUUAUUUUUACCUGUUCAUUUACCGCUGAAUUUACAUGAAAAAGGAUUUAAAUUAUGGUUACCAGAAUUUUUAGGAAUUUGGGAAUCGAUUUAUAGUAAUCCAGGAUGGGAAUUGAAUAUGGUAAACUUGUUCUCAUUAUUAGCGUGGUGUAACAUUGGUUAUAUAGAUUGGGAACCUUGGCUACCACGAAUUUUUACGCGCAUACUAAAAAGUUUUUCUUUACCUGUUGGUAAAUUGCAAGUAUCUCUUCAACAAUAUCAUUAUUCCAUGUCGAGUGUUACGACAUGGAUCAUUGCUAUGUUAGGCAAUGGAAGUUCAUGUUUACAACAUUUACAAGAUUUAUUUACUGCAAUAAAAAACUUUUAUCAUCCAUCAAAUAGUGGAAAAUUUCAACAAGAUUUAAUAAGUUUUCUUUCAAAAUUAGCACAAGCAUUUGUUGAUCGUGUUCAUUUAGAACGCAAGGCUAAUCCAGUCUGGUACUUUACUCCACCGGAUGCUUAUCGAUUAACUGAACAAGAUAUAACAGAUUUUGUGAAUUGCGUCAAAGAAUGUGCAUUUAUUGCUAUUUUCACCAAAGCUUAUCUAAAAGAAGCUGCAAAAGCCUGUCAAUAUUUAUCAAUGCUUCGGCCAGAACUAAUCGUUCCACCAUUAGUUGAAAAAUUAUUCUCAUCCAUCGAUAGUAUGAGUGAACCACAUCGUUUCACAUCUAUCAUGACUUGUCUAGCAAGUCUAGCACGUCAAAUUGUUAGACAAGCUCCACAUUUUUCACAAGGUCAAACCUAUGUUUUACCAUUACUAAUGGCUGUUCUACCUGGUAUUGAUUCAAAUGAUUUCAAAAAAACUGCUGUAACAUUUCAAUUUCUCAAUGCAAUUCUAAUGCUUGUAACCUGUAUCGAUUGUUCAUCUGCUAUUCAUACACGAAAUGAUCUAACCGAAAUCGAAAAAGAAGUUUGUUUGUCAACAGCAAAAUUCGAAGAUUUCGUAACUGAAUUUCUUAAUCGAACAUUUCAAAUGAUUGAUACACUAUCAACUGAAAUGUCCGAUGCUGUUGUUGUCAUUACAAAAGUAAAUUUGGAAGAUCAUGUAACUGAAUUAGCAUUAACAUCAAUGAUGUUUGGCAUUGUUCAACAGUGUAGUAAGAAGAUUUUUCAAACGGUUCGAGAAAAGAUAAUUAAUUUUCUUGCUGGUUCAUUUUUUACUCCAAAAGUUGGCAAACUUGUUACAGGUCUUGUUCGCGCAAUACUGAAAGCAAAUCCUGAAGAAACACUUAAGUAUCUUCUACCACAAACCUGUGAACGUAUUGAAAACAUUAUGAGCCAUUCAGAAACAACAAUAUUAACUGAUCACAAAGGAGAUACUGAACUAACUUGGUGCUUGAUACUUUUUUCUGAACUUGCUCGAGCUCGUGGUGAUACAUUAGUUAUAUAUAAACCAAUUCUUCUAUCUGUAUUUCAUCGAUGUGUUCGUAUUGUUCAUAAAGAUACACAUGAAGCGGUAGCUAAUGCUGCAAAAAAUUUACUUAAAUCAUUAUCGUAUGUGUAUCCACUUGAAUAUCGUUUAACUGUUGAAAAUACUGACGAACCCUUCACAGAUUUCUUACCUAUUCGAGCUUGGGGUCAACAUGUUGAAUUUGAUAAACUUAAUGUUCAAUUUCAUAUUCCAAAUGAAGAUGAAGUUGAUUUUGCAUGUGAAUUCGUUGAAACAUUUAUUUAUCCUGAAUUACAAUUGUUAAAUGAAAAAUGCUCAAAAAUGUCCACUGAAGAACGAUUACGAUCGUUAACUCUAGUUCAUUACAUGUCUAUUGGAUGUUUACGUAUGGUGCCACGUAUAGAUAGUAAACUAAUUGAUAAUCUUGUACCAUCUGUUGCUCCGUAUGGCUCAAAAUAUCAAACUCAAUAUUCGAUUUACGCAAAACAGCCGCAAUUCAAAGAAAAUUUACGAAUGCGUCUUUUAAUCGAUGUAGGAAAAUUAAUUGGUAAACAAUAUUUUUUCUUUGUCGAAAACUAUCUAUGGUUUUGUCGUCAUUCUCUUCUAGAUGUUAUUGUUGAAAAUCAUUCUGAUGAUGCAUCGUCGAUCAAAAUAGCAUUGAAAAUCUACUCAUUAUCAUCCAUCUACUAUGGUGUAUUCAAACAUGAUGCUGAUAAAUUACAUAAACAUUUUGAAGCAGCAAAAGGUUCUUUUAUCAAUAAAUUAUAUGGUGAACGACAAUAUCCACGAUUUUUAAUGAUUGAACGUAUAACAUUACAAUGUGAACGAUUUUCUUUGACUAAUUUUCAAUCAUUAACUGAAAUUGAUAAACAAGUGAUACUGAAGCUAUUCGAACUAUCUAUCCAUCGUUAUAGUGAAGUUCGACGCGAUGCUCAAGGCUAUUUGUUUUCUGUUCUCAAUCGUUAUUUAUUUUCUUACCAAGUAAUUGUCGAUCGAAUUAUUGAAUUAUUGAAUAGUCCAAGUGAUAUUGAUCAUGACCAAAUAAAAGGUUGUCUUUAUAUUCUGCUUGGUAAUCAUUCAUUCUUUCUACCAACUAAACAUUCGUGGUCAAUGAUUGAACGACUUUGGCCAGCUAUGGCAAGAACAACACAUGCCAAGAAACCAACAACACAACGUUUAAUGGAUCAUAUUAAUGAAACUAUUGGUAAACAAUUCGAUACACAAGCAUUAGUCGAAGAUACAAAUGACGUAUCGAGAAAAGCAGCAGUGGAUAUAUGGAAACCAUUGGAUCCCGUUGACUUGGAGUCAAGAGAUCAGAUACGACAACAACGAAAUGAAGAAAAUGUGCAAUCGUAUAAUAAUCUGAUGGAAACACUUAAUUCAUUACUUCGAGGCGAUUCUUUAACUUGGAGACAGCAAGAAACAACAAUGUCAUUGAUGUGGUUACUCCUUCAAAAGCGUGUUCCAAUACCUUCAUCAUGUAUUCGAACAUUUGUUGAUUUUCUUGUUCAUGAUAAUGUUGAAUUACGAAAGAUUUCUGAAGAAGGUAUUACUGCAUUUAGUCGUCUACAAAAACCAGCUCGCAUUUAUGUGGAGAAAACACUUGGAGAAAUUCUUCAACGACCAGUUGAUGUUGAAGAAUGUCGUCCAGGUGAUCGCGAUGAUAAUCUUUGGGUAACAAUUGACAAUUAUAAACCUGCUAAAACACAGAAAGAAUGGGAAGAAACAUGCUUUUUGGAUAAAAGCUAUCAUGGAUAUUACAAAUGGCCAAAAACAAUUAAAUAUACUAUGAAUAAACGUGAACGAUAUACAAAAGACAAUAUGCCAGAAGAUGUUGCAUUUAUAUACGAUAGAUUUAUGGAUACAAACUUUAUAAGUAAAUUUACGCAAUUUAUGGUUUUGGAUGAAGAAAAAGGAAAAAUUAGUUUCGAUACAAGACGAUUUCAUAUGUUUAAAGGACUUUUUCGUAAUUAUGGCUUGGCAUUCGUUGAUAAUUUCAUGGAAAGAUUAUACGUACUUGUACAUGAAAAAACAAAAGAAAAACAAGAAGGUAGUCAUAGAGUUGCAGCAGAAAUCGUAGCUGGAAUGAUUCGUGGAUCAAAAUAUUGGACAAUAGAAAUGCUUGAUGAACUUUGGUUAAAAUUAACACCAUUCCUCAAUGAAGUUUGCGCAAAUCUCGGCCCAGAAACGCUAUCAUAUUGGGCAUCAUGUUUUAAAUUAGGAUUAGAAGAUGAAGAUCCGCGUCGAAUGCAUCGUCCAAUUAAUUAUCUUCGUUCAUUAAUAAAUACAACUGCAACAGGAAAUACAUUUAUGGAAACAUCACGUUGGUAUCUUGUGCAAACAUUAACUAAUUUGGAAUGGCGUGUACCAAGUAUUUGGUGUAUGAUUAAUGAACAAGCCAAAGAAUUACUUGAUCAUCCAUAUAAAGCUAUUCGAGAGCGAAUCGCUAUUAUCCUAUCAUCAUCAUUGACUUUUGAUGUAACAUUAGUCAAUGGUCAAUCAACACGUCAUCCAAAUGCAAAUAAAUUUCUUGAUGCGAUACGCGAACGAUUAGGCCAUGCCAUUGAAAUUUAUGAAAAAACACCUUUAGCUAAUGUAUCUGGUCAAACUGUUGAAAUCGAUCCUGAAGCUCGUAAAGCAUUAAAUUUCAUUGAAACAGUGAUCCAAAUGCACACACAUUUAUUUAGUAAAUGUUUACAACCAAUAAAAAGUUCCAUUGUUCGAUUAUUUCCAUAUCUGUGUGAAAUAGAAAGCAUUGUUGCAAACGAUGAUUUCAUACGAAAAAAUCUAACAGUUAGUCGAACUUGUGUAGCUAUGACAUAUCUACAUAAGAAUGUUAUGGAAGAAUUGAUUGAACAAUUAGAACACGUUUGUUCGAGUCCAAAAUGGCAUGCACGUCGAGCCGCUAUGGAAUUCACUCAAAAUAUGAUUUUUUGUAAUUUAUUUAAUGUUCGACCUUAUGCACAACGAUUGAGACAACUUGUUUUCAAAUGCCUAUUCGAUGAACAAUUCGAAGUUCGAUCUGUUGCGUCUGUUACAUUAUCAGGAUUUUAUCAAUGUGGUUUUAUUCAAAUUAAUAAUGAGGAUCUGAAAUAUUUUCGCUCCAUGAGUAAAACAAGUUACUUUACAAAAGUCGAUGGAAAAAAGGUUACAUCGCCAGAGAAUGUUGUUAAACGACAUGGCGGCGUUCUUGGUCUUUGUGCAAUAGUUUUGUCAAGUCCUUACGAGAUUCCAAAUCAUGUGCCUGAAGCAUUAAUGUUACUUUGUGAACAUUCACAUGAUCCAGACCUAAUUCAAAAAUCAAUAAAGAAAGCAUUAUCAGAAUUUCGUCGAACUCAUCAUGAUUCGUGGCAUGAACAUCGGGAAAAAUUUACUGAAGAUCAAUUGGUGAUUCUGGCUGAUGUCUUGAUAUCACCCAGCUAUUAUGCCUGA